CUUACGCGAACGACAAUUUAAUGCGGAUUCAACUUACGCGAACGGCAGCGAAGCCAAAGCCUCGUCUCCUUCAACAUCAAGAGAAUUUUUUUCUUUUAGUUAAUUAUUAGUUUCUUUUUUGUCUUUUUUUUCUCUUCGAUUUUCCGAGAGGAUUUAAGGAGGGGAUAAAGAGGGUGAUUAUGAGUUUUCUCGGCGACGCGAUGCCUUCAGCCCCACUCACAGGCAAGGAAAUAGUUGGCACAGGAGUCAGUGUCAAAGAAGAGCUCAGCGAAGAUGUCACCGAAGAUACAUGCCUGGAAAUUAAAGAGGAGCUGCUUGAUUAUGGAGAUGAAGCGAGAAAUGAUGUGUGUAACAUGAAUUUAAUACAUGAAAGUCAUUUCUUUCAUAACCUUCCUGAUCUAAGACAUGAGGCACAUGCAAAAGACUUAUGUAACUUGGUUCAGGAUUGUAAUGACAUGUUAAAAGUGUCAUUUGGGGCUAAGGACUGUGGGAAGACGUGUUCAUCAGAUGGGGUUCAAGUGAUGUACGAGGGAAGACUGAAGGAGGAUACACAACUAAAAUUGGAAUCCACAAGGAAAUGUUUUGCAUGUCAGGUGUGUGGCAAGGAAUUGUCUAAAGAGAGUCACAUCAGGAUUCACAUGAGAGUCCACACAAAGGAGAAGCCAUACAACUUUGAUAUUUACAAUAAGACACUCCCAUCCAAAAGUGAUCUAGAAAGGCACGAGAUCUGCGAGAUUUGCAACAAUGCAUUCUCGUGUAAAAAGAAUCUGUUGAGGUACAUGAGGACACAUACAAAGGAGAAGCCAUACAGAUGUGAGAUUUGCAAUAAGGCCUUCUCUGAGAGAGGUAACUUAUUAGCGCACAUUAGAGUUCACACCAAGGGUAAGCCAUACAACUGCAAGAUUUGCAACAAUACAUUCUCAUGGAAAAAGAAUCUGUUGAGGCACAUGAGAACACAUACAAAGGAGAAGCCAUACAGCUGUGAGAUUUGCAAUAAGGCCUUCUCUGAGAGAGGUAACCUAGUAGCGCACAUUAGAGUACACACCAAGGAGAAACCAUACUGCUGUGAGAUUUGCAACAAGGCCUUCUCAUAUAAAGGUAGUCUAGAGAUUCAUAUGAGAAGGCAUAGAAAGGAGAAGACAUACAUAUGUGAAAUUUGCAAUAAGGCCUUCUAUUUGAAAAGCCAUGUAGUAAGGCAUAUGAGAGUGCAUACAAAAGAGAAACCAUACAGCUGUGAGAUUUGUAAUAAAAAAUUCUCACAAAAAUCUGUUCUAGUAAUCCACAUGAGAGUACACACAAAAGAGAAGCCAUACAGCUGUGAGAUUUGUAAUAAACACUUCUCAAAUAUAUCUAACCAAAUACAACAUAUGAGAGUACAUACGAAGGAGAAGCCAGACAGCUGUGAGUUUUGCAAUAAGGGUUUCUCACAGACAUCUAGUCUAGUCAGACAUAUAAGAGUACAUACAAAAGAGAAGCCAUACUGCUGUGAGAUAUGUAAUAAGGCCUUUGCUUUGAAAGGUAAUUUAGUAAGGCACAUGAGAGUACAUACAAAGGAUAAGCCAUAAGCCAGAUGCAUCUUAGACAUUAAAAGUUAUCUUUUUCUGAUUUGUGUUGUAUAUGUUAUUCUUAAUAUGUAGUUUUGUCAAGUUUUAUCAAGUUUUAGUCGUUAUGACUUGUGUUUAGUCUCCAUAGAGUUUAUCCACAUGCACUGCUGUCAUUGACCAGGGGUGAUUAGAAAGAUGGCCACGAAUGUCCACAGUCUUCAAAGAAGAUGCUCCUCCCCCUCAUCAAUAAAGUCACAGAUGUGAAAGGCAUUGGCUGAUUUAUACACGAGUGUUCUGACUUAUAGCAUGAUUUUAGAUCAAGAUUACAGGAGGAAACUUUUUGUAUUUUAUAUAAGGCAGUAUAUAUAUAUUUUAUUCUAUUUACUUAUUUUUUUAAGGAAAUGUAAGUUGAUUCAAGUUAGUAAUUUUUAUAUCUAAGAGUCAACAUGCACAAACACACACAGAUAUUUCCAUCUGUGUAUCUGUUUAUCUGUGUAUGUCAUGAAAUAUAUUCAUCGGCAAUCAUAUCUUUCUCAUACCAUAAGAAAGAAUUUAGGAUGACUUAUUGUUAGGAUCUUUAAAUAGGCAUGAAUGAAAAGGAAUAUAUAUACCACAUGAGAUAUAUUUGAAAGCUGCAUUACAUCUUUAGAAAUACAUCAGUAUAUCUAAUUCAGAUAUAAUCAAAGUGCAUUAAAAGCCUUUGUUGCAUGUGAAGCUAUCA